UAGCAAAUUCGAGAUCUGACGCUGUCUGUACAGACAUCAGACGACGUAGACUUGCAUCGUCGUUAGACAUUACCAUGUGAAGAAUGACAUUAUGGAUUUCAGCAGAGACGAGUCUUCACCCUGCAGUAUCCUAGAAUUAUUAUGGUUUGGUUUACAAGAAAGCCGACGUACGAGCUGAUAUUGAUGCACACAAAAGAGACAAGUUUUAGUCUGACCAAGAGGUUGAGUUACUUUUUGUUUGUGGAGGCAGCACCGACAUCACGGAAAGGCGUCUGUCAACGUCAUGUCAACGAUAUUGCUGGGUUUCUAAGGGGUGCUCACGUGACCAUUAAAGCUCAUCACGAAGGCGACGACGUGGAGGAGGAGAAGGUCGUAUUGGAGAAAGUGUCAAAAUCGUCUGGAGCUCGUUAUGGCUCCACAAGGAAAAGGCCAGACCAGUGGAACCAUCCGGUCCAGUGGGUUUGGUUUACAAGAAAGCUGACGUACGAGCUGAUAUUGAUGCAAACAAACGAGACAAGUUUUGGUCUGACCAAGAGAAACUUGAGAAGCAGUGCGUUCAAGACGAACGUAAGGCAAGAGGAGAAAGCAAAGAAGCAAGACAGUGAAGUCGAAGAGAGGGAGGCAAGAGAGAGACAACUUUGUGGAAAGAGGGAAGCUGAAUGUGCACAAGCAAUUGAUGCACAGAAGUGAGCUUGUGAAAGGGAAGAAUAUUGUAGACGUGAAGAAGAAGAAGACAGAGCACAUUGCGUUAGUUCUUUAAAGCUCGCAUGGAGCAGUUGGAUGCUUGAAACUGAGAAGGAGAAGCGGCUAGCACACGAGAAAAGAUGAAGGUUUAAGCAGCAGGGAAGUGCAUUGGAUAGUUUGCUCCAGUCAUCACUAUUCACGUGGCACUGGUCAUUGCUAUGAAUUGAUGUUCAUGCAUGUUGGUGUGGUUUGCAUGCAACAUGCUGCAAAGUAAGCUAAACGUCUUGCAAAUGUAUUAUGGGAGACAUCAAGUGUCAGUUCUCAAAUGAAUGUAAGGUAGAUGAGUCUGUCUUAAAUACAAA